CAGGGAGUGAGCUGCUUUAAAAACAUGUAAACCAAUGUGACAGUUGUAAAGCUCACAGAUUCGGGAUGAGUUUGGAAGUCCUUGGAUCAGAUGUGCAUCUGAGGAUAUUUACCACAUAUCAGUGAAAUACCAAAGCAAUCUUGACUCUUGAACUUCAGCCUCACUGAGCUUGAAAAGGGCUCAAACGUACACCUUCAGCUCAUUAUCGCCUAGGAAUAAACCCACGCAAAGACGGGAUGAACUCUGUGGUGAAGAAAUCCCUGGAUGCCCCGCUCAGACAGCUGACCGGCUGCGUGACGGGAGUUAAGGAUGGAUUUAGCAGGAAAAGCAAAACCGCGCGCAGGAAGAGCGCCCCCUGUUGCUACAGCCAGACAGCGCAUGACUCCUCCUGGAUUAGGGCUUACCAAGCAGAACUGCAAAAGGAAAGGAAAUUGAGGCAAGUAAAGUUUGCGCAGAAGAAUGCAGAAAAAGCCGCAAUGAGAGUAAACUACAGAAGUGCACACCGCUACACAAAGAAACCUGUUCAGAGGAAAAGCAAGACUGCCACCAAAAAUGAUGACUCGUUUUUUGGUGCCUUCCAAGGGCUGAGUCUGAGCAUGAGUGGAGCCCAGUCUUCCAUGCCUUCCAGUCUUCCAAGUGCAGACCAAUGUAAGGUCAUGUGACGACAAUGUGUUUCAAAUGACUGUAUCUCUAAUGCUGUAACAUCUGGGACUAUGUCCUCACUCAGUUUCUGACCACUGAUUUCUUUUGAGGUUUAGUAUUUUUAAUUCAUAAUUAAUAAAACCCAAAUGUCCAACCUUCCAACCCAAUUUCCUUGAAAAUGCUGCAUGAUUAUAAUAUUAUUGAAUAUCUUUUUUAAAAUGACAUGAGUUAAAAGUGUCAUUGAAGUGUGAAUUACUGCCUGCAUUCCAAGAAUAUUAAACAAUUGCAACAUGUAUUUGAUUUAGAAGCAUUUUUUCCAUGUUUGUUGACUUUAAUUUUGAAUGACAUGCUUUAAAAAGGAUGUACAGUAGUUUAGAAAAUGGAACUCUGUUUGUUUUUUGCAAAUACUUAAAAACAACAAUAGUACUUGAAGUGCUGGUAAACAAUUGAACCAGCUCCUUUCACAUCACAAUAAAGAUAAAUUGCAUUUUAUUAUUUUACACCAUUUUAACAUGUCAAUAUGUAGGACUUGUCAAUACUAUCAGUGUUUUCUGAAUGUCCUUUUCUCAUCCGCAAGCUUCACAGUAAUUAAUGUGCAUGUGUUUUUCAAAAUAAAUGGAAAAAUCUCUCUAUAGUCAUUUUUAGUCAAAACAUUAACCAUUGGGAUUGGCCAAGAACAUUAUUCAUAGUCAAGUCAGAUUUGAUUGUUGUUCAUCCAUGUGAACAUACAGGUAUGGAAAUGUCAUUCUUCCAAAUGACCCUGGUGCUCUAUUUGCUUAAGACAAUUUAAUUAGUUUGUGCAAACUGACAUCAGGACAUUUUCUCAGGAUAAUGUAUGCACAGGGAAUUGUGGGACUCAAUGCACACAUGACCGUGUACAUACAUCAUUUUGAGACUUAAUACAGCACAUGACAGUAUCACAGUAUAAAUAGAGCAUUAUGGGAAUUCUGAGAGCAUGAACAGAAUAUUCCAAACACAAAAUGCAUUUUAAGAAACCGUGCUAAGUCAUGCGGGUUUGGCAUGACUUGAGGGUGAGUAAAUUAUGGAAUUUAAAAUGUUUUUGUCAACUACUCCUUUAACCAAUUCAACUUGUAGGCUAUCUUUUUGAGAUUAAUUUAAGGAUAUGGUUUAUUAGCUAUUAUGAUUCCUAAGGACCUAAGUAUUAAAGGCCCUUGCCAUGAAUGACCACACAUGGCAAGUAGGGCAUGCCUUUAAUUAUUGUACCGUCCUUGCACUCAGCAAAAUAAAGUUUCUCACUUAUGCUCGGACGCAGGAACACGAUACAUGUAAUUUACAGAAUUGACGAUUGUCGAAACAAGACACCAUAUGUAGGAGACACUGAAUUUACUUGACCGUAGACUGAUGCCUUGAUGUGAGCAAUUAUAGGGCACCACACAGUUAGCCUAUUGUGCAACGCUGCAACACGUUAGCUUACCAUUUAAUGUAGUAUGGUAUUUUGUAAACAAGAAACUGCUAUUUUACCUCUGUGUUCUGACAUAUUUCCAAAUGAAAGAGGAAAUGAAACAAUAAAAAGUGUAGAACUGGACUUUAAUCAGUAAUUGAUUGGAAUGUGAAAAGUGACGCUGUACCAGAAUGGAUCCAGUUGGUUGGAGGGGAGGACUGAAUAAAUGAAGAUGAACUGGUGAUAUCAGCUGACAAGAAUCAUUUUAGAGGCAGAGCAACUUUAUGCAUUAUGAUGAAAGAUUGUGAAGACAAACAUGAAUUCUUGGGAAGAGC